AAAUUGCCAACCCUUCAUUUCUCACCGUCAUCGCAACUUAUGGAAGAGAACAAAGCAGGUAUGGCCGAGAAUGUGGAGAAAGGUGAGGAGAUAGAGAUGGCAGCAGCAGAAGCUGAUAAAAACCGACUAAAAGAACGAAAGUUCUCGUGGGCCAAGCUGCGCCGUGUGGAUUCUCUCAAUUUGGAGGCUGGCAGACUUUCAUUUUCUUCAACCAAGUCCCCCCAUUCCAAGGUGGAUUGGAUGAGGACGUUGAGUUUAGCAUUUCAGUCUAUUGGAGUGAUAUACGGAGAUAUUGGAACAUCUCCGCUUUAUGUAUACGCCAGUACUUUCACUGACGGUAUUGGUCACCAAGAUAACCUUAUUGCGGUUCUUUCCCUCAUCAUCUACUCCAUAGUUCUAAUCCCUUUUUUCAAGUAUGCAUUCCUUGUCUUGAGAGCCAAUGACAACGGUGAAGGUGGAACAUUUGCGCUGUAUUCUUUGUUGUGCCGACAUGUGAAACUGAGCUUACUUCCGAAUCAACAACCGGAGGAUAGAGAGCUGUCUAACUACCAGUUGGACACUCCAUCCAGCCAGUUGAAUCGAGCAUAUAAAAUUAGAGGAAAGAUGGAGAACAGUUUAAAAGUCAAACUUACUAUUUUCGUGGUCACUAUCCUUGCGACUUCAAUGGUUAUAGGUGAUGGGGUUUUGACCCCAUCUAUCUCAGUUCUUUCUGCGGUUGGUGGCAUCGAUUCCUUAGGGCAAGACGCUGUGGUGGGAAUUUCUGUGGUAAUUCUGGUCAUCCUGUUCUGCGUUCAACGAUUUGGAACUGACAAAGUGGGAUAUUCAUUUGCCCCAAUCAUAUGCCUGUGGUUUACCUUCCUAAGUGGCAUUGGUUUGUACAACCUAUUCACAUAUGGUUGGGGUGUAUUACGUGCGUUUAAUCCGUUGUAUAUAGUGGAUUACUUCAAAAGACGCGGUAAGGAUGGGUGGAUAUCACUUGGAGGAGUAGUACUUUGCAUUACAGGAACUGAGGCUAUGUUUGCUGAUCUGGGUCACUUCAAUGUUCGAGCAGUUCAAAUUAGUUUCUCCACUAUUACCUUGCCUGCUUUACUUACUGUAUAUAGUGGCCAAGCUGCCUACCUCACAAAACACCCUGAACACGUUGGGGACACUUUCUACAAAUCUAUUCCAGAUCCAAUCUAUUGGCCAACAUUUGUAGUAGCUGUAGCUGCUUCCAUUAUUGCAAGCCAAGCUAUGAUAUCAGGAGCAUUUUCAAUUAUCUCUCAAUCGUUAACACUGGGAUGUUUUCCAAGAGUUAAUGUGGUCCACACCUCCACUGAGUAUGAGGGGCAGGUUUAUAUACCAGAAGUCAACUACAUGCUCAUGAUUGCCUGUGUUGCAGUCACUGUUGGGUUCAGAACCACAGAAAACAUCGGUCACGCAUAUGGAAUUGCUGUUGUAGCUGUAAUGGUGAUCACAACAUGUAUGGUUACUCUUAUCAUGCUUGUUAUAUGGAAGACAAGCAUAUUAUGGAUCGCUCUCUUUUGUGUGUUCUUCGGCACUAUAGAGGCCAUAUAUCUCUCAUCAGUCUUGUAUAAAUUCGUUGAAGGUGGCUACCUUCCACUGGCCUUCUCAUUUAUCCUAAUGACAAUCAUGGGAAUAUGGCACUACGUGCACCAAAAAAGAUACGAAUUUGAGCUCAACAAUAAGGUUUCAAAGGAAUACAUUAAGCAACUGGUGGACGAUCCAAGGAUAAACCGGGUACCAGGAAUCGGUCUUUUGUACUCGGAGUUGGUUCAAGGCAUACCUCCCAUAUUUCCUCAUUUCAUUUCUAGCAUUCCUUCCAUGCAUUCAGUUCUAGUCUUUGUCUCCAUUAAGAAACUUCCAAUCAGUAAAGUAAGACCAGAGGAGCGUUUUCUCUUCAGACAUAUCGAACCAAGAGAGUAUCGAAUGUUUCGUUGUGUUGUAAGAUAUGGUUAUAAGGAUUUCAUGGGAACACCCAUAGAGUUUGAGCAACAACUGGUUGAGAAGCUGAAGGAAUUCAUUCGUCAUGAAUAUUUCAUGGCUGAAGGAGAGGCCGCAGUUGUAGAGAACCCGCCCCAGAGCUCCAAUAUUCUAGUAAAUCAAGGAAAAGAUAAAGGAAGUAGUAGAAGGGCUGUUUUUGUGGAGGAAACACUGAACCAACUCAACCAAUCUCAUCGUUCCUCAGCCUCCAUCCAGUCAUUCAAUGUGGCCAAAUUAAAUAACUCGUCGAGUGGGAUCGUAUCAGCAGCCCCACCCUUACUGGGAGCUGAAGAAGAGAUUCAGUUUGUUCAGAAAGCAAAGGAUGAAGGAAUUAUAUACCUCCUAGGAGAAGCUGAAGUGAUGGCUAAACCCAAUUCUUCCUACACAAAGAGGAUGAUUGUGGAUUAUGGCUAUAAUUUUCUGAGGAGAAACUUCAGGCAAGGGGAGAAAGUGAUGAUGAUACCACAAACCAGACUUCUAAGGGUUGGAAUGACAUACGAGAUUUAAAGGACUUGAUGAAAUACUGAGUGAGUUUACAUAAAAUAUAUAUGUAAGUAUAGUGUGGUAAAUUUCUCAAUAAAAUAUAUCUUUGCUUCGGGUUAAUAAA